CAUGACCUUUGACCUUUUAGCUGAGAUGUUGCGCUGUCGCUGUCUCUACAAUUCAUUCUCCGCCUCAGCUGCGUCCUUUCUCUCCCCUACCGUCGUUCCGUCCGCCUCUUCAUUGCCCAGGCUCCAGCAGCAUGCCUCUGAACCUCCUUCCUCACCCGCCUCGAGGGUGAACGGGAGAGCCGCUGGGUCUAGGGUCUUCAUCCUGGGUCGAAGGAAGGAGGAGGAGGUGGAGACGAGCGAGGCCCUGCGAGCUCUGAGAGCCUACUCCAUGGCGACCAAACCGGAGACUGUGGAGGUCAAUAUCAAGGUCGACAUGACCCUCAAAAAGGACAAAGUGAGGGAUCCGUUCAAGGGACCAGUGGUACUGCCGCACACAUUUGGCCAGGAAACAAUCAUACUGUUUGUUAUAGAGAGUUCAUAUCAUGAAGCAGCUCUGAAGGCAGGGGCCGAUAUUGUAGGAGCUGAAGAGAUUUUCAACGAGUUGGAGGAGGAAACCUUGAACUUUGACAUCUGUCUGACCACACCCUCCAUGUUGGACGGGUUCAAACCUCUGCAGAGGAAACUAAAGUCAAAAAUGCCCAACAUCAGAAGAGGGACCGUGGUCGGAGAGGACUCCAUACCAGAGGCGGUGAGACAGUUCAAGACGAGGAAGGAGUUCCGGAGUGACAAAGUUGGUAAUAUCCUUGUCCCGGUGGGAAAGGUAUGCAAUUAACUCCACAUAAAUGUGCAAUCAUUGUGUGUGGAAUAAUAGAGUGUCAUACCUUUUACGUUCUAUUGGCAAACAAAGGCAUGGUUUUUACAACCUCACAUGAGUAUUGUUUGCUGUAAUAGUGGUGAGUGUACUUAUAAAGGUGUCAGGUAGUGAAUUGUUUUUGUGCUUGUCAAUGUUAACCCUUUGGGUGCCAUAGGUGUCUCCUUAAAUAAGCAGAAAUUGACAUAUUAGCGCCUAGUAUAUAUUAUAGCCAUAUAUAAAUUCUUAUGCGCUUAUGGAGGCUCUGUGCAUUAUAUGUAAAUUGCGCCCAAAGGGUUAAGUACACAAAUAAGCACAACACAAAAAUAUUAUACACUUCUAUAACUAUCUUCCCAGACCAAAAAUUUGUUACCUAUUAUAAUAGGUAGCUCGGUAGCUAUGUUGCAAUGUCAACAUGAUCUUUAUGCAGUUGGACUUCCCUGAUGAAGACAUCAUUGAGAACAUCACCAGUUUAUUGAGGGGUGUCCUCUCUCAUCACGGGAAUGUCCCAAAAUCUUCAUUUAUACGGAAAGUUCUCCUUACUUCCACCUAUGGACCAGCCUUCCCUGUCACAACUAAACAAUUUCUGUGACUUCUCAAUCUCAAACUAUAGUCAUUUGGUUAAUAUUGUUUUAAAUAUUAUGGGAGCUCUGUGUUUCUUUCUGUGACUUCUGAUCUCAAACAAGUCACGUGUUUACUAUUGUACUAUGAUUGUACAAUUCCGGAACUGCCCUCACGCGUUUUCCGCUACGUCAGCGCGCGCUAGUGUUUUAUAAACCGGGGCUGAGGUGACAGAAAGUUAUUGCCAGGAAGGAUAAACAUAAACGACGAUGGGAUUCCUCAAACUUGGUCUGAUUGCU